UCGGCUGUAGGACCCGGAAGAGUGUGGAGUUAAUCAUUGCAACGAAUUGCACCUGUUGCAUUCAAAGGGAAGCGGGCAGUGCUGCGCUGCUGGGGGCGGCAGGUUUCACAGCACAGGGCAAACUCAAUACUUCAAGAAAGCCGAAGAAACAAUAUCCGUCUCCACGUUGUACUGGGAAAGCGCAGAUCGUAGCCCUGCCAACGAUAAGGAAAUUGCUGGACAGAACCAGAUGAAAGGAUUGCGACGAUUGUAAGUAGGAGUGUAUGCCCUGGUGAUUGUGUCAAUCAGCUGCUCGUGGCAUUGCUGUGAAAGCCUAGGAUUGUCAGUUGCCUGUUAGGCUUUCAUUUUCAUACAUUGUGGCAGUUAUUGCAAGGUGGUCGUCAGAUCUGCGUGAGGCUGUUUCUUUGGGGGGCGGAGCCAUGCGUCUGUUCCUGCGCCGUCGCGCCUCGCCCCUGAAGCUGGCGAUUUUGGGGGGCACGCUGUUCAUGGUGGUGCUGGUGGUGCUGCAGUGGGACGUGGGCUCGGACGGGGGCGCCCCUGAGCCCUGGUUCCGAGAGCUGGCCAACAAGAAGGAGCAGGUGCUGGGAGCCGUCAUGGGCGCCGUCAACAACCUCCGCUUCCAGAUUGGCGCCCCCCAGCCCCCGCCCGCGGAGGAGCAGCCCACCCCCGACCGGCAGUGCCCCCCCGGCUUCUACACCCAGGCCGAGCUCCGGCCCCACCUGGAGAGGCCCCCCCAGGACCCCCAGGCCCAGGGGGCUGAUGGGAAGGCCUUCAGCCUGGAAAAGCUGUCCCCUGCGGAGGAGAAGGAGAAGGAGGCGGGGAUGACCCGCCACUGCUUCAACCAGUUCGCCAGCGACCGCAUCUCCCUGCACCGCAGCCUAGGGGAGGACACCCGCCCCCCUGAGUGUGUGGAGCGCAAAUUCCGCCGCUGCCCGCCUCUGCCCACCACCAGUGUCAUCAUCGUCUUCCACAACGAGGCGUGGUCCACGCUCCUGCGCACCGUCUACAGCACGCUGCACACAUCCCCCGCCGACCUGCUCACCGAGAUCAUCCUGGUGGACGACGCCAGCACCGCAGAGCACCUGAAGACCCGGCUGGAGGAGCAUGUGCGCGGGCUGAAGGUGGUGCGGGUGGUGCGGCAGGUGGAGCGGAAGGGCCUCAUCACCGCCCGGUUGCUGGGUGCCAGCGUCGCCCAGGGGGAGGUGCUCACCUUCCUGGAUGCCCACUGUGAGUGUUUCCACGGCUGGCUGGAGCCCCUGCUGGCACGGAUUGUGGAAGAACCCACCGCCGUGGUGAGUCCCGAGAUCGUUACCAUCGACCUCAACAACUUCCAUUUCAGCAAGCCAGUGCCCACAGCCCGUGCCCACAAUCGUGGGAACUUCGACUGGAGUCUGACCUUCGGCUGGGAGGCCAUUCCUGACCACGAGAAGGCCAGGAGGAAAGACGAGACCUACCCUGUCAAGACUCCUACCUUUGCUGGAGGACUGUUCUCAAUCUCCAAGAAGUACUUUGAGGAAAUUGGAACCUACGAUGACAAGAUGGAAAUCUGGGGAGGGGAGAAUGUGGAGAUGUCGUUUAGGGUGUGGCAGUGUGGCGGUCAGCUGGAGAUCAUCCCAUGCUCGGUGGUUGGGCACGUCUUCCGCACCAAGAGCCCCCACACCUUCCCCAAGGGCACUGAGGUCAUCACGCGGAACCAGGUGCGUCUGGCCGAGGUCUGGAUGGACGACUACAAGAAGAUCUACUACCGCCGGAACAAGAACGCAGCCACCAUGGCCAAAGCGAACAAGUACGGCGACAUAUCUGAGCGAGUGAACUUGAGGGAGAAGCUGCACUGCAAGAACUUCACGUGGUACCUGCAGAACGUCUAUCCAGAAGCCUUCAUUCCUGACCUCACCCCGACCCUGUUUGGAGCGAUCAAGAACUCUGGUUCUCAGACCUGCCUGGAUGUAGGAGAGAACAACAACGCAGGAGGGAAGCCCAUGAUCAUGUAUACGUGCCACAAUAUGGGUGGCAACCAGUAUUUUGAGUACACAUCCCACCAGGAGCUGCGGCACAACAUUGGGAAGCAGCUAUGUCUGCAGGCGAUGCACGAGCAGAUCAUCGUGGAGAUGUGUCAGCUGAAGGGUCGCGGCACAGCGGUGGACCCGAGGCAGCAGUGGGAAUUCACCUCGGAGCAGCUCUUACGGAACCCGUCGUUCGGAAAGUGCUUGACCCUGAAAGAAGGCAAGAUACUCAUGGCUCCAUGUAACCCGGCUGACAUCAGCCAGCACUGGGCCUUCAGCUGACCCCUCCACCGGUGAACCAUCCAGGAACCAGUCAGACGGGCCCUUCCCAUUGGACUUGAAUAUUACAGAAAUAUACAGAGGAGCUGGAUUGAGAUCCUCUGCACUGCGUAUCUAUGCGCAGGAGUCCUGGACCGACGACUGUUUUAAAAUGUAUAUAGAGUGGGGACAAGAUGAGAUGGGCUUGAAUGAUGGAGGACUUCAGCUUGGACCAAAAGGAAAACUGUAGACUGUGCAUCCCUCUGGGAUGAUCAGAAGAGGAACUGCAAACUGAAAACGAGUGCCUUUUACACUCCAGUCCGUAAACUGGCUUUUAUUUCUGUGUCAAAUAUUUGUGUAUUACAGAGAUUAUAAAGAAAGAAAAUGUUUGUGAUUUACUUUUUAUUUUUUGGCUAGAAUGAUCUACAACCACAAUAGCCUUUCCAUAUUUCUUGCCAGAGAAGCAGAAGUGUUUUUAAUGUAUACAUUUUAUUGACCAUUGCAUGUGGAAUCUCCUGAUCAGAACACUGAGCAGGUAAAAACAGUGCUGACUUUUAUUUAUUUCUGUUUGAGGCAGUGUUUCUUAAAAAAGGUAAUCAUCCACAAAGAAUGGGAGUCGACCAUUUACAUGUAUAACAUUGUACUUUUUAUAUUUACUGAUUAUUUGCAUACUCCCUGUGUCUAAAGGGGAGAUUGAGUAUGGUGUCUCAUUUGCAAAUUAUUUGAAUGGCAGCAGGUGAAGCUUGUGCUGAAAUAUCAGUACACUGAUAUGUGACACAUCUGGAUGAAUCAAAUGACUGCAAGCUAUGUGGAGACCCACAUGCCUCCAGGGGUGCAUCCAAAUGCUCAGAAACCUCCACUC